AGCGGGGAGUUGAUGCUAGUGGUGAGAGUGAGGCUGAUGCGAGAGUGGUGGCGUGUGGCAACUUCCAUGUUGGGGGGAGAGGGGAGUGAGCUCUCUGGCCUCACUCACUCCACUUACUAAACACGUAGAAUUUGUUUGUGGGGGAGGGUCGGCAGCAAUGACGGUGGGGAGUGUAGUGUGCAGAUAACAGCUCGAUUACCGCUCUCCAUGCCACUUUCCGGGACCUGAGACGCUCUUGAGGCCUGAGGAGACUGUAGAAGAAACUGCGAGGUGAGAAAACGCCCCUGUGACCUCUAAAAUCAUGAAAUAUGACCCAACGCGACUCAUUCAUGGGGGACGUGAUUUCUUCGAACGGAAUUCCCAGUGACAUGUUCCUCCUUCACCGCCUGGGUACCUGCUGGCCUGGCGUUGUUCGUGUGGGGUGCUGUGACUGACGGGUGUGUGUAGUAUGUGUUCCUCGUUGUGAUGUGUCUUGGGUGUGGCUCUGGGAAAGAGGUUCCUCACUCGUCUCCAUGAAAAGGAAUCGCCAAGGUUCGUCUAUUUAUCACGACUUCCAAGAUGGAAUGGGGCAAGGGUCAUGCUUGUGGGCAGUGAGGAGAGUCACAUCAUAUGGCGUGAAGACUUAGGGAAGCCACCCGCCCGAGGGCCGCUGAUGGGGGGCCGUGGCGAGAGCUCUUCACCCUGGAGCGCACUGCGUCGGGUGGCCCCCCUCAUGAUUCUGGCAUCCUUUAUCGUCUGCCUUGUCCUCUACUACGUCUCUCCCAUGGGAGCUGCAGCCGUGUAUGCUCCCUCAGCAGCCUCUGAGACAACUGGGCUUGAUUCCGUCACAACAGAAGCUUACCGCAAACGACUGCGCAUCAGGGGCACUCAGAGGCGGCUGCCCCAGGCGCUCAUCAUUGGUGUGCGGAAGUGUGGCACUCGAGCUCUGUUGGAAAUGCUGAAUCUCCACCCUCAUAUACAGAAAAAUGGGAUGGAAAUGCAUUUCUUUGACGAGGAUGAGCGUUAUGCAAAUGGCCUGGAGUGGUACAGGAAAAAGAUGCCAUACUCAUUUGACAACCAGGUCACCAUAGAGAAGACUCCCUCUUACUUCAUCUCCCGGGAGGCUCCGGCUAGGAUACGAGCCAUGAAUGCCACCAUCAAGCUGCUGCUCAUCGUAAGAGAGCCUGCCACCCGGGUGGUGUCCGACUAUGCCCAGAUUAUGGAGACCAAGCUGAGGAAAGGCAAGCAGGUGGCACCAUUCCACAAGAGAAUCCUCACAGCAGAUGGAGAAAUUAAUGACGGGUUUAAAGCAAUACAAAUCAGCCAGUAUGCAGUCCAUGUCCUGCGCUGGCUGCGGGAGUUUCCCCGUGAACAAAUACACAUCAUAAACGGUGAUAACUUAAUAAGAGAUCCUUACGCGGAGAUUAAUAAGGUGCAGCAGUUCUUAAGGCUUCCCCCAUACAUAACACCAGACAACUUCUACUUCAAUGAGACCAAAGGCUUCUACUGUAUGCGUAAUGAAACAUUCCAGAAAUGUUUAGCAGAUGCCAAGGGUCGGCCCCACCCCUAUGUGGAUCCCGCAGUCAUGUCUCAGCUGCGUAAGUUUUUUGUUCCCUUCAAUGAACAGUUUUAUGAAAUGGUUGGCCACAACUUUGGGUGGCCUACUUCCUAACACUUCUGUUUCCCGGCGUGCUAGAGGCUUUCCUGGCCCAGGGCUUGGCCGCUGUGGUCCAGGCACCUGCUGGCCAUCUCAUCUCUCCCUUUUUUUAUCCAUAAUUAUAGUACAAUUUUAUGGUGAUACUUUAAUAUUAUUUAUGUCUGUUGCAUAAAAGGUUUAGAGCACAAGAUAUGAAGCAAGUGACAAAGUAAUUUAUUUAUUUUUAAAUGUCCUAAAUAAUAAGAAUAGGCAAGGUUUCAUUACCAAAAAACAUGCUGUGAAUGUAUCAUUGUGUCAUGCUGAAUGUGUCUAUGAUGAGAGUGCAUCUGUUUUAAAAUGUUGAAUUUGCUCAUUAAUUUAAUGGCUGAAUGUUAGUAUCACAUAAUACUGAUUCAGCAAUCUUUAAAAUGUGUAGAACAUAAUUUUAUAAUGUGUGAGGCAGUCCACUGGAAUGAAUUUUCCCACAAUGAGGAUCAACGAGGCAACUCUGGUGGGGCAGUCAUGGCCUGGGUAGCAGCCCUGGUGGGGCUCUUCUGCCAGGUACUUUGUACCUGCAUCAGAAUGAAGACUACAAAGCAAAGAUGCUUAAUUUCCUUAUAAUUACAAAUAUAUAUGAGUUAUGGCCAUACAGUAAUCAUUUAUGAAACUUCUUAUUAAGUUAUUGCACAUUAAAAUAAAUUUUGAUUAAUACUGCUUAAAUAAAAAUUGAGAGUCCUAUCUUCUGCUUAUGGCUGAGGCAGUUUGUGUUAUGAGAGAAGUAAUAAUUAAUGCUGAUACUCUCAGAACGGACUUGAGUUUUACUGGUGAUCUUUCGAGAUGCAAUGGUUUAUAGUAACUUGUUGAAACUUAAGAAAAUUCAUUAUCAUGGGCUCUUGCAUGACAUUUAGUGUAAUAGGUCCUUGGUUAGUCAGUGUCUCAUGUGCCUCAAGUAUUGCAGGCAACUGGAUGCAACAAAUUUCAAAACAAUAUUUAAUAUGGAACAUUUUUGGAUCACAAUUUCUGCUGCAAUACUAGUGUCAUGAAAACUAAGCAUACAAAAUGCAAUUGGCUUUUGUGGAAUGUCUUGGUGGCUGCUUCUUUAGUUUUCUGAUGGGGCUUGCUCAAAUAUUCUUAUGGAAUUUUGAUCCAAAGUGUUCCCCAGUCACACUUCCUUGUUGUGGAGUCAUGAAUACCUUCUGGAAUCAUGUUGCCAUUAUUACAAACUGCAAAAAACAAAACUCAGCAAGGAUUCAUUUGUGCAUAUGCAAAUUUUAUGUGGUGUGUGUGUGUGUGUGUGUGUGUGUGUGUGUGUGUGUGUGUGUGUGUGUGUGUGUGUGUGUGUGUGUGUGUGUGUGUGUGUGUGUGUGUGUGGUGGGAAUGUAGGAGCGGAUAGAUAUGUGCAAAGAUGCAAUACGCAAGGAAGUCUGAUGCACUGAGACUUUAAUGGAUGGCUAAGGGCUGUUUAGCUUUAAAAUUCCCUCACUCACUAAAUGUCAUGGGUUGUCAACUUAUUUCUCUCCCUUCCCUAUACAUCUCUGGUGCACAGUGUCCCAAAAUAUUUCAUGCUGAGGACUGGCACUAAAGGCUGAAGUGACAACCAGUACAAAGACCAUCAAGUAAGAUAAUCACAUUCAGUAUCCCAAGACACAUCAGGCAUCUAUACAAUAUUCAUUGGCCAGAUGCAGCAGACUGGAGUUUUUGAAUGGGAAUUUGAUAAGUGUUUAUAUUUUUGAGCAGGCUAUCUUCUUGAGAUAUAUAUAUUGAUAUAAAUUUUUAUUGAAAUUUCUUUGUGAAGCACCAUGGUGUUUCCAAAUUUUCCGUGCAUGGACAGCCAUGCAGAUGAAGCCAAAAAUCAGUAAAAUAAGUCAUCCAAAAGUGUGCAUGUGUGAAUGAGAGAAAGGGCAUUUCAAUGCAGGUAAACUUUUAUUUUGAUUUUAUUCCUAAGCUGUAAGCACGCAUAUAAGGGAUUCAACUCUUCUCUUUCCUCUUGAAUUGCACAAUAUACAUAUAACUCUGCACCUCUUCAUGCCUCUACUGUCACUGUGGUGAGCUCUGUGUUCUGCCGCUGCUGCUGCACCACCAGGCACAGCAUCAGCUGGCCGGGACUCAGGCAUUGUUGUUUCUUGUGACUGUUGUUGCCUUUUACAUGGGGACAAAAGGUGAUCUUCAACUCACUCAUGCUGGCUCUUGGUGAACUCAAAAUACUUCUUUGAAAAUUGUGCCCUUGAAAGUUGAAUGUGAUCUAAUCUAAAUAGUAAGAAAUUGAAAAUUAGUGCAGUCAGUUCAUUAGUGAAAUGUGAAUAAAUGCAAUAAUGACUCAUUUUCUCGUGAACUGAAAUGAUUUACACUAAAAACUAACUCAACACUUAUAAACUCAUACUAAAAAUAUUUCCUACUGGAAAUAGAUUUAUUGUAGAGUCAUAUUUUGUAUACAACCUCGAUGUUCUAGAAUAGCAUUUAAGUGACAAUAGCUCAAAAAUAUAUUUUGAAAGAAAUGUAAAUGAAUCAGAAGCAACCAUGAAAAGUAUAAGUUUUGAGCAGCUGCAUUCAGCAAGUCUCCCUGCUGGGGAGUGGGCAGCAAGCCAAGGCGCCAGCAAUGCGCCAUGACGAGAAGGUCACCUCUUGUCCUUACAAAAGCAGCAUUUAGUAACGAGUCUGUCCAGUCUUGCACUUAGCCUGGGGGAAAGCAUUUGCUGCCCCCCACGCCUCUAUUUGCACUGAUAUUGAUGUAAUUUUUAAAGACUAAUAGCUUUGUGACCAUCUGCUGUCUUUCAUCAUAUAUUUUAUACUAUUCCAUUAGGUAUAUGGAAACCAAAAAUAUUUUUGUGAAGAUUAUAUCAUGAAGUACUGUAUAUAAUUCUUUGGGGGCCCAUGGUUGAGGUAUAGAACAUGUGUGCACUGAAAAAUGUUAACUUAAUUUCAGACUUGGCAAGCUGCAGCUUCCAUUUCCAUAGUUUUGUUUUAUCUAUUAAUUUUUCAGUCAUAGUCUGAGGUGACAAAGUCUUUUUCCUUACAGAACACCUAACUGGCAUGUUCAUUAGUAAAAUUGGUUUUACACUGACAUGAAAACCUUUCAUACUGUUACUAAUCACUUCUUUUUUCUGUGUGACCAGCAGUUCUCUGUGGCUCAAGGUGCUGCAUCAACUACUGUCAUUUUCAUUUCCAUUUUUUAUUUUAUUUUUCAACACUGACAUCACUAACAUGCAGGUGUUUCAUGUUAAGUGACUUUUUUUAAUAUCUUGGAAGUUUACUAUUGCAAAAAUCAAGAAAGAAAUAUCACAUAUGAGGUGUCUGAAAUCAUUAGGGAAAUAUAUACCACCAAAAUUAAGAUCUGGGUAUAUUACAUUUCAAACUUAUAUUUUUUUGUGUUUUCUCAGAAAAUAAAAUUAAUCAAAUCUCUUUAGUUAAGCAGUAGAACAAGCUGUAAUUCACUAAAUGCAAAUAAGGGUAGUUGAGAGCUGAAAUAUUAAGGGAUAAACAAGACAAACUUCUCCCCAUCCACAUAAGGGUUGGUCAGGGCAGAAAGGCCUCUACAAUACCCUGUCCCUGCAUCACUUUUACUUAUAUGAAACUACACCUCUCACUCAUCCAUUUCAUGCCAUAUUAAAAAACAGGUUUGUUUCAUUUUGUAUCUUAUUUCACUCACAAGCAUUUUCUGUAAUACUAUUUCUUCAUCUAUUUUCUACAUGUCUAUACCAUCACUGUACUUCUUAAUCAUUCUGCUACUCCACAACUCAGACUGUCAAAAGCUCACUCUUCCAAAGUGGCCACUCCACACACUUGUUGUGUGACAUCACCUUAAAUAAUUUCUCAAGUUCCACAUUACUUUGUCUCAUCAUGCUGACAUCUAUAAACACUGAAGAAAUGGAAAGUCAAAACAGGGUACUCACCAAGUCAGGGGCACGUGUGAUGGUGCUUGCUUGGACAGUAAGUAAGGAUCUAUAAAAAAGAAAUUGAAAAUAGUGUUAUCCUUUUGUCUCUGGACACCUCAUUAUUAUGCAAAGAUUCACUCCAUGGUGUAUAGGUAUAUAUAAAAUACUGUAUCAACAAUAGAUCAUAUUCACAAUCACACACAUUAAUGUCUUAUCACAAACAUCAGGGCUCCAUCUCCAGUGAGUAUUCCUUACCAGCACAGAACCAGCUUGUGCUUUGUAUACUGUUACUACACAGCAGAAAUUUGCAGAUUUUCAACCUGACAUCAUUUUGCUCAUAAUCAAGCAAUUAUAGAAAAUGAAUUUAUAACUAAUCAAAGAUAUUUAUUCAUAAGCACAUUCUUACUAAUUAACAUUUUAUUUCCAAAUGUGUCAGAUGGUACAGUAAUUUGAAAUAUCUAUGGUGAUUAGCACAUAUGAUGUAAAUUCCUUGAUAAAAUAUUCACUCAUUGGAAGUAUUGUAAAAGUGACUGACUGAUAGAUAUGAAUUAUGGUUGAUCAUGGAAGUCUGAAACUUGAAGACAUAAUCAGUCUCUAACUACCUAAUCUUCCUGCUGGUUGUGCUGGUGGUGAAUAGUUUCUUGGGCUACUGAGUCCUUGCUUUUACUCACAUUCCUCAUUUGUUACUACGAGCUACCCUUGGCAAACACAGCUUCAGUUACUUUCAGCUUUUUGCACAUGCAUUCUAUCAAAAAGACCUGUUUCAUUUAUCUAUCUAUAAAUCAAGGUGACAUUCCUCUAAAGGGAGGAGCAAAGACAAGGCAAGUUCAUGCAGACAUACACAAGCAUUCCCUCGCAUCUCAGGCUGUAGAUAUCUAAGGGAGACAUGACUGACCUUCCCUGCUCAAGGAUAAGGUUGUGCACCAUGCCAGGCAACACUUAGGGACAGGAGAGAUUCUUACUGUGGUGACAAUAUGACUACCUUUAUCAUCUUCCAAAUGAAGAACUUGAUUAUUCUACUUCUAGAGUAUAGUUAGAUUAACUUGAGAUUUUGCAAGGAAAAAAAAAAGUGGAGCAUCUUGGGACCAUGUAGCUCUAGUUCUGUGUUAUUAGGUUAGGAAGAUGCAUGUGGUAAUACUCUGGAGAAUUGUGAGAGAAUAUCUUUCAUGCAUCAGUUUUAUUUUCUGGGUAUAUACAUAAAUGUAGUUUUUUUUUCUUCCUAACUAAGAAGUGUUGUAUUUGUAGUUAUAUCAUUUUCAGCUAGAGACAAGCUGAAAUGUUCAGCAAAGAACAACAAGCAAUAUACAGCUUUAGUAGAGAUGGAGGAAAGUUGUAGAGUGAGUCAGAAAGUAGUAUGGACACUUAAUGGUAGCUAGGAUAGUAUUUAUUGGUAAUUUUGAUGUCUUAGGACUGUACGCACAAUUUUGGUCUGUUGAUUUGGUGUGUGUGUGUGUGUGUGUGUGUGUGUGUGUGUGUGUGUGUGUGUGUGUGUGUGUGUGUGUGUGUGUGUGUGUGUGUGUGUGUGUGUGUUCACUGCACAGACCGAAACACCAACCUGACACUGAUACUCAAAUCUCCAGGGUAUUCAAGCCAAGACACACUCAAGUGCCACAGAGCAACAUUUUUACUCAAAACAGAUUCAAAUCCCUGCUCUUUGUGGGCAGAAAAUUACUCUGCACACUUCAGUUUAAAUUACUUCCUCAUCACUGGAGGAUGAAUUUUCCUUAAAGACAUCUUGAGCUUAACAUCCUGUAGGCUAAACUGAGUGGUAAUUUCAUUGAAUGAUAAAAUGACAUCUUCAAACAUUGAGUGUAAGCAUGUGCAUGAUGGUGCACUGUCAUGGGAUGCAUUGCCUGCCUGGUAUGGAGCAGAACACCACUUACUUUAUUGGCUUGAAAGAACCGUUAAUAAUCCUAUCCAACAUUUUCAAAUACAGUGGGUGUAAGAGUUACAAGCAUUCAGAGAUACAAGCAGUCUACUCACAAAUUAAAACUGCUUGGUGCUGUUCCUUUUGCCAACCUUAAGUUCAGACUUGGCACUAUGUGCCAAAUUUGCCUAAUAUGCCACUUCACCACAGCCCAUGCUACGCAGCAGCAUGGUGUAGGACAGCCCUCCUCUCCAGUCCCUUGUACCUCUGCAAGCAGUAGGACAAGCUCUAUUGUGGUAUUACAUUGUUUGUGGAAUGUACAACAUUUUUAUUUAUUUUUUUUUUAAUGGUACUGAAAAAUUUUGCUAAGUUGUGAGCAGAAUAAGUUACAAGCAGCCUUCUGAAACAUAGCUCCCUUGCAACUCUGACACCCUCUGUAUUUUCUGUACAUUUUCCUUGUAUCAAACCCCACACCAAAAUUGUUGGUGCCACUUUCACUGCAGGCGUGGCACCAACACCUCUUUUUCUCUGCACACCAUAAACAAUUGCCACUUUCUGCAUCACCUGGAGAUUAGGUUAAUAUUUCAUGCAGUGCCUUUUGUUCUUCACUGGACAUUUUUCACUUGAUCAUUUCUCCCAGUCUGUGUGGGCACAAAUAAGAGAAUCGUUCUCAAUCCUUUUAACAAUAUUACAGUCAAUACUCUUUUACAUGGAAUAUGAUUAUUUAAGUAAGUGCAGGCUAUAAGACUUUUUUUUGCAUUUUAAUUUGUUUAUAUAUAUAUAUAUAUAUAUAUAUAUAUAUAUAUAUAUAUAUAUAUAUAUAUAUAUAUAUAUAUAUAUAUAUAUAUAUAUAUAUAUAUAUAUCAGUCACUGAACAGCUACAUAUUUAAACACAUCAUUGCUGUUGUAUGUGUGAAUGAAUGUAGUAUGGGCUUGUGUGUGUAUAUUUAAAAUGUUAAUAUUUGAAGGGGUUGGUGAAUGUGUAUAGUGUAGUCCAGCUUUAGAUAGUUAUGAUUGUCACCAUGAGACUGUGUCACAGGGAAGGCGGGAAGAAAUGACUGUGUGUGUACAGCAAAUUCCAGACUUGGAGUACAUUUAAAUAUGCCUUUGGUCCCCCAUUUAUUUAUAGUAUUAUUUCUUUGAUACACAAAUAUUUGUACACACACAACAGUUACAUUUUGUAUUAUGUUUACAUUAACACUUGAGAAGUAUUAAUGUGGCUGAAAGACAUGACCCAUUCUGUGCACAGCAGAGGGUCACUCAGUGGCUUGUGGGCUGCUGCCCAGUAUGAUGUCCUCAGACCUCACGCUGGUGGUGGCAGACACCUGUCACUGACAGAAGGAGUCAGUGCACUGAAACUACCUCAAGGAUGAAGCAUGUAGCAUGUAUUUCAUCUAGUCUGUGAGACCCACUGGGCCAAAUUAAUAAUAAGUGAUGAAGACAGCGGAUUAUCAUUCACAAAGCUUUUGAUAAUGUUCCCUAUGGUGAACAGUUACUUUUCAUACUGAAAAUAUAUUGAUGUACUAUUGAUGUUGCACAUGGUAAUGAGCAUAUACAAAGCAUUAUUUGCUUCAGUUGUAUGAAGGAUAUGUCAACCAUGCAGUACAGUUAACUUCAGUUGUAUGAAGAUUACUUAUGUUGAAUACUGUAUCAACUUUCACCGAGUGUGGCAUAUAAAGCUGAAAUGAUGUUAAAGGAUAUUUUAACUUGAGUUUAACUUUCUUAAAAAUGCUGCAAGAUACUUUGGUGUUAAGGGAAUUUAUAUAGUUCGUCACUUUUAGAAAUAUUAUGGUUCACAAACAAUUUACUGUUUGACAGCUCUCUGUCAGUCUUUUGUAGUGUUCCUGACACUUUCUGCAUAGCCUGCCUCAAAACGCCUCCCAGGAGUGCACCGUGGCUCCUUAAGACAGUGCACUCAUUGGACAGAAUCUGAGGUACAGUUUGUAGGAAAAUAACAUGACACACAUACAGGUAAGGCAAAAUAGGGACCUGGGUGUAGUCUGUGGGUGUGUGGGUGAGUGAUGUGCUGCAGGGUGUGGGUGGUGCUGGUCUUUGUUGUUACAGGCCACUCCCCUAUUUGGUUGACUAUUGAUAAGCAGCGUCUCCUUAGUGAAGGUAUUAUGUAUCUCAUCUGUAGAAUACUGUCUUGUAAACAGUGUUACAUUUAUAUGUAUAUGAACAAAACAUGUUGAUUAAUCUUCAUCACUAUCUGUUCAAAUUAUAUUUUUUGUAAAUGAGCCAGAUUAAGCAUUAUGGGUACAUUUGAGAGUGUGAACCAGAAUAACUAUUAUGGGUAUAUUACAGAGUAUUCAAUAUAUCACAUCAAUGUUAAAAUUUCCUUUUAUGAAUAUGUUUUCUGCAAUAUUAUGAACACAAUAUUCCAUGUUGUUAGACCUUUUAUCUAAUAGUUUACACAAAGUUCAAGUCCAGACUGCAUAGAUUGUGUAAAACAACUGAAUAUCAGAGAAAACUGAAUAAUAUGGCAAUUUUCCUUUCCAACAGCUCUAUUUUGUGCUAUGUAAUUCAUGUUUACAAAUGUCUACUUAUCAAAAAGCAAAGGAGUUCACCAGCUGGUCCCUGCAAGAGUCAUCGAGUGCCAUGCGAGUUAGUUGGGCAGAGUGUGAAGGCUGGGUCAUGGCAUAAGUGUUAAUUAUACUUUGCUGGAGUAUAAGAAAUAUAGCAAGACAUUGUAUUCUCAUCCUACUGUUGCUUUGUCUUCUUUGAGUUUUGACUGGCCAAGUCCUAUCAUGUUACUUGUAAUAAUUCAGGGCAAGUUCUUGGGAGAGGUUGUAAGGUCAUCUUUAGCAACAAUAUACUCAAGUCAGUGAAUCUUCAAGCAGAAGUAAAAAAAAAAAAAAAAAAAAAAAAAAAAAAAAAAAAUAUAUAUAUAUAUAUAUAUAUAUAUAUAUAUAUAUAUAUAUAUAUAUAUAUAUAUAUAUAUAUAUAUAUAUAUAUAUAUAUAUUACAUCCUAAACACUGUGCUGGAAUUGUCUUGUUCUUGGCAUGUUCCACCUACAGAAGCACAGGAGAAGGUUACAUGUGAGCCUUCAUACAUGUUAGAUGAAUGAGAUAUUCAGAUGACUGGUUUGGUGUUGAUCUCUGUGUGCAGAGUACAGCAAUAGUGUGGGUACGAAAGCAUGGCACUUUGGGAUCAAGCUGGUUUCUUGCCACUCACUGGUGUCUGCAUGGUAUUGAGAGUUUGUGGUAAACAUUAGGAUAUUAUGGUUUUCUUGGGGAUUAUAGCUUUUAGUUUAUAUACAUAUAUAUAUAUCUAUAUUCAGUUUUAUUUAAAGUGGAAUUAUAUUUAUGGUAAUACCUCAUAUUUUUAAUUAUUUAAAGUAAAAAUUACAUCCAUUAUGGAAAUUAUACUGGUGAACUUGUGUGCUAAUAUGUAAGAAACUUGUAUAUAAAAUGAAAACAUUAAUGUUAUUGUUUAGUAUAAAGGUAACUGAUGGGUAAUUAUUUGUAUGUACGUAUGAUGUGCAUGACGUGUACUGCACACAGUACUACAUUAUGAUCAAGUGUGUAGCUAUGAUGAUUGGUUUGUCUUAGGAUACUCCAUUUCUGUUACAGAGUAUAAUGUUUUGUAGCUAAAAUUAUAGUUUUAUGUAAGUAAACACAUUGUAAAACUAAUCAUUAGUUUAAACAAUAAUUGUGACUUGGUUUCAAAUUUAGUGGUUUUCAUGAAAUCCAUUUUUAUGAAGCAUACCUCAGAAUUGCCAUUAACCUAAAUUACCAUUAUUCAGUUCCUGAUGAUUACUUUGCACAUCCAGCUACAGUUUUAUAUACAUCCACGAGUUGUUCAUUCAUUUGUUAGAAACUUUGGAUUGGUGCUAAAGUAACAUUUAUUGAGUCAAUGAUACGUGAGUGAAGGGGUUCACUGAUGACAAGACACUGGGAGGCCUUUCAAUAUGUUACCUAUGUUGUGCAGAGACUCACUUUUAGGGUGCUCAAUUCUUCAUUCAGAGUGCAAACUAAAAGAAAAGAGGAGCAACUAAACACUGUAUUGUCAGUGUAUAUCUGUAUUAUAUUCCUGUUCUAGUUACUGCUUUGCUCUGAUUAUUUUUGUCAUCGUAACUCCUCAAGUUUGUGUGAGUUGGAGGAAAGAAGAGGCAGGUAUUGAAUAACACUGCAAUGCCUACGUAUAUGCUAUAUUUUUUUGAUAUAUGUUAACAUUUUAAUGUUGUAUGUAGUUGAUCUGGAGCUUUGUUGUGAUAAUGUUGGUGAGACUAAGGUUUGGGUGUCAGACUCUUGAGUGUUGUGGUUGUACACUGCUAACAGAACAAACAGCUUCCUAGUUGCCAAAACUUAGCAAAUACAGUGUGUAAAUAUCGUGUUAACCUCUACCUCCUCCUGAGUUCCCGGUCUGGUGUAGCAUAGGCGCAGUGAGGCUCCCCCAGAGGUGCCCUGGCUGUGGUGUUUUAGUUGGUGUCAACACAAAAUUGUAGAAAAUAUACAUCAGAAAUAUAUUUUUGACCCAGUUGAAGGAGAGUUAUAUAUGCCAUGUACCACACUAAUUGUAAUAAUGCCUGACAAGUAGUGUUUCCAGCAAUUAUUUUUCCAGGACAACACUUCCUUCUCAGCAGUACACAAUGCACUCAUGAUACUGAAAUGACUCAGUAGCUGUAUUCCCUUGUAAAGCUAUAUACUCCCUCUUGACAGACAAUUCUCAAUUAACACAGACAAAAACCUGAAUCACAUAGUCCCAGAACUCUAAUUAGAUUUUGAUGAAGAGUUCACCAGAAAUUGGCAGGCAGCAAAGAAUUGCCAGUCACAAGAGCAGUAUCAUGGGUUCUUGUCAAGCCAACACCUUCCCUUCCCCUUCACUAUCCCUCUCCUCUUCAGUAGAUCCAACCCUACUGUUCUUUUGUGAUCAUUACUUCUUGCUGAAUUGUACUAAGAGUAUUACAAUAGAGUGGCACUUGUAAAGCACGUUUGUCUUUACAUUUGUUGAUAUAAUAUAAAGCAAGUAAUUAUUUUUUGAAUGUGGGCAUAUUUCUAUACAAAGACAUAUCUUAAUGAUCUUAUAAAGCUUAAGAAAUGUAGUCUACAUGCUGUAUAAUAUCACAAAGUUUGAUGCCAACAACCAUAUCUGUAACACCACAGAAAAAAAAAAAGCUAAGAGUAUAUGCACACAUGCUCUGAUUUCUUAUUUAUCUUAUUUUUGUGAAGAUUUUCAUUGUAAGUGCAAAGAAUGUUUUUCUCCAUAGGUUUGUGUAAUCCACAGUACAUUGAUCAUAUUCAAAGUUGUUCUAAUGAAGCAUGUAAACUCUAUUCUUGUAAGUAUUUUGGUCAAGAUCCUGUGUUUAGUGAAUCAAGAGAAAAAAUAGAGAACAUUAGAGGUAUUCAAUAUUCUUAUCAAAGAGUUUCUGUGUCUCAGUAUCACAUAUAUUUUUAUAUAAACUAAUUUUUAAGUACCAAGAAUCAUCCAUGUGAGGGUUGUGUCCCCAAGCCACUCACAGCCUGGCUUGUGGGUGACUAAUCAUACAUAACAAGGUACUAACACUGAGGAGCUUACAACACCUCUCACGUGAGGAAAACAUAGUGAAUUUCUUGCCAUCUGUUUGUAACUCUAGCAUAUCAUUACAGUUCACCCAUGUUUACACUUGUUAAAUGCCUUAUUUGUUAAAGACCAAAUCCUUAUGUCACAAUAUUACUAUUGAUGUAAUAAAAAUAUCAAAUAAC